CGCAUCGCGGGCGGAGCUUCCCCAGCCGGCCAUUUAGCACUCCAGCGCCGGCGGCUCUUCCUUUCCGGCGUGCAUCCUGAGCCACGCCGUCCUCCUCCUUCUCCCCUCCGGCAACAGCACUCGAGCCAUGGCGGACGCGGCCCUCUCUUUCGCCAAGGACUUCUUGGCGGGCGGCGUGGCGGCGGCCAUCAGCAAGACGGCCGUGGCGCCCAUCGAGCGGGUCAAGCUCUUGCUCCAGGUACAACAUGCAAGCAAGCAGAUUACUGCUGACAAACAAUACAAAGGAAUCAUUGAUUGCGUAGUCCGCAUCCCUAAAGAGCAAGGAAUGUUGUCCUUCUGGCGCGGGAAUUUAGCCAAUGUCAUCAGAUACUUUCCCACUCAAGCUCUCAACUUUGCCUUCAAGGAUAAAUAUAAGAAAAUUUUCUUAGGAGGAGUAGAUAAGCACACACAGUUCUGGAGAUAUUUUGCUGGCAACCUGGCCUCCGGCGGUGCCGCUGGAGCCACAUCUCUCUGUUUUGUCUAUCCUCUGGAUUUUGCAAGAACCCGCCUGGCUGCUGAUGUCGGAAAAGCUUCUGGUGACCGAGAAUUCAAGGGUCUGGGAGAUUGCCUGGCCAAAAUCUUCAAAUCCGAUGGCUUGCGGGGUUUAUAUCAAGGCUUCAAUGUGUCUGUCCAGGGUAUAAUCAUCUAUAGGGCUGCCUACUUUGGGAUUUAUGAUACAGCAAAAGGUAUGCUCCCAGAUCCUAGGAACACUCACAUCUUUAUCAGCUGGAUGAUUGCACAAUCAGUAACUGCAGUCGCUGGUGUAGUCUCCUAUCCCUUUGACACUGUGCGCCGUCGAAUGAUGAUGCAGUCUGGCCGUAAAGCAAGUGAUAUCAUGUAUUCUGGAACAAUUGACUGCUGGAGAAAGAUUGCAAGAGAUGAGGGUGGAAAAGCUUUCUUCAAGGGUGCAUGGUCCAAUGUUCUUCGAGGCAUGGGGGGUGCUUUUGUUCUUGUCUUGUAUGAUGAAUUAAAAAAGGUCAUCUAAAAAGGCAUGUUGCUAAAAUUGUAUGUUAAAUUGACAGAUCAUGUAGAAAACUUAAUAUUAUGGACCAUUGACCUUCAGAACAAUUCCUGUGAAGUCUUGUUUAUCAGGGCCAGAUCAUGUUUAAAGUAGGACUAGAAACUGCCUUCAGUGAACUGAUACACUUUGUAAUACUAUUAUACAGGCAUCAAAACAGACAGUUCAGUUACUAGAUUUGUCUAUUUUUGGUGUUUAAUGCAGUGGUAACUGUUUGGGUCCAAGGCAGAUGAUUUGCAUUUGUCAUUAGAUCAGCUGGAAGUUUCAAGUCCUAUCUUAAGAGGACCACACAAUCAUGCUUUGAGAAGUAUUUGUUUAACUAAUUAUGUUUUUUUCCACUUGUACUUAAGCACUAUGUACUGUUUUGCACAAUUGAACAUCUAGCAUUUGCAUUCUUAAACUUGGGGCAUUCUGUGAAAUAAUAAACAUAACUGUCUUGAA